AUGGCGUCGAUAACCUAUACCCCUACAGGCGCACUUCAGAUCACCAUCCUGCCUACCGACUGUGCUUGCGGGCACGCCCAUCCGUCAGCCAUGGACGAGUGGGACCGCGUCAUCCGCACGGCGUCCAAGUGGCUGGCAGACCACGCCCCCGUCUGCCGUGGCUUCAGCGGCGUUGAACCAUGGGCACGCGGCGAUUCGCCAGUGACGCUGCUCGUUGCCCGCCGGCCAAAGAUGCCAGAAGCUGGGCCGCCGAUGAAGGGCGACAAGCAGACGCGCUCGGCGUUUGGCUGUGACGCAUGUAAGAAACGCAAGAUCAAGUGCGAUCAAGCGCGGCCGGUGUGCAACAACUGCUGCGCAAGCUCGAGGAAACGCGCACGGAGAUGUGUCUAUGCUUAUGACAUCAUCGUGCGCCCGACCGGAAAUGAAGAUCCAACGGUGGAGAGCCUGCAAGAUGACAGUACACCUGGAGCGUCGCCCGGCAGUAUGAGCAUCGAGACCUCGGACCCCGUUCGGCCUCCUACGACCCUGGUCCCUCGGGCGCAGGCGGCACCACCUGAUCCGAUUCUUUAUCCUGAUCCAUCCGACCCUGCGCAGCUGCGUCCGCAGACUGUUGAUGCCGAGGCGCUGUCAACGCUCGUGGACACACACGGUUUGACGUGGUUCAUGAACGCGGCGGAGAUUGUCGAGAAGCAGGUCCUCGCAUCCAACCAGCGUCGUGCCUUUACAGAGUACCGCCACGCCGUACUCGAGCGCUGCUGGAAUGCAUACAUCAACUACAACGGUAAACUCCCUCUCGAACUACCUUCCACACCAGUCGACACGCACACGCCGGGCCAGUUCGCCUCGGCCGUCAACUCAAUGCUCGCCCUCCCCGGACUGGACUCGCUCUCCUCUCCAUCUGCCGAGGCGAUCACGCCUGAGCAGUUAGCGGACCUGACCCAGGCUGCGCUACUGCACGCGUUCGUCUCGGUUGGGGCGACGCACUACGCUUACUGGGCGGGAAAGCGGGGAGAGGCUUCAGAGGAUCACAUGCGCGGUGGCGCGGCGCUGAUUCAGCUUAGCACUAAUGCUCUCCUACAGGUCCUCAGGCUGCAGGAAGCUCAGGCUGCGCGCCACGAGGAAUGGGAGGAGGAGAUCGACGCCAAGCUUCUCCUGGCCUUCUCGCUCGCCGUCACGUACCGCGUGUGCGCGGUCGACCCCCUUGGGCCAGCGACGCUCCGGCUGGAAUGCGAGUGGAUCGCGCGACGGGGCGGACCAGGAGCCAUGAUUAGCGAUGCGGUCCUGACUCCGGCUCAGAUGGAGCUCAUUCCCGCUGUACUCAACGACGCGAUCUACGCUCUCCAGCGCGGCGAGCCGAGUUUCCUCCCCCCCGACGCGGCGUGGCUCGACACGAUCCCCGUAGCCCAUCGCCUCAUCCCCGAAGGCUACGGAAUAUCCCUCGAGAUGGCCAAGUUUCUCCUCGAAACCGUCGCCGUCCUCUAUGGCCCUUGUGCGGACCGCGCAGAUCGUCUGACAGCACUACACAACACGCUAUCCAACGCCCUAGUGGACAUCUACGCCUCGGCCCAUCCCGCCCGCGUACAAGCGGGCGACAUGCUGUAUCGCCAGGCACUGAUCUGCCUCGUUUGUCUCGACGGCCUCGACGUCCCUCCCGACGACCCACAGCUCGUAUCUGCGAGUGACGCGAUUCUUGAGCUCUUCGCAGAGGUCGUGUACGGCGACAUAUACACUGUGCGCUGGGCCCUUCCACUGCUCGUUGGCGGGGGCCUUGCGCGCAAGUUGAGCGAGGAGGAGCGCGAACGGGGCGAACGAGACCGCCGGGAUGAGGCCGGGCGCAUCUUCGACGCAAUGGCGGACACGUGUGGGCUCGCGGACAUUGAAGCUGCGCGGGCCCUCACGGAACAAGUGUGGGAGAGGCGGGAUAAGGGACUGCCUUGGAGAUGGAGAGAUACGAUGCGCGCAAUGGGUGUCGAGUUGUUCUUUGUGUAG